UCUACGCCGCGCUAAGCCCUGCUUCUUGUUCCUGGAGUUUUUCUGACAUUCAACAGCAAAAGUUAAGCAUUUUUCAACUUUAAUUGGAUACACAGUUCAUAAGAAUGACGGAAAAUUCAUCCACAAACUCCAUUUGCGACGAAGAUGAUUCCACAAAGAGUCAGCAAAAUGAUUGCAAAACACAGCAAGAAGAAACCUUUAACUACGACGACAUUUUGGAACAUCUUGGUCAAUUAGGACAGUAUCAACUGCGCACAUUUUUAUGGCUGUGCAUACCCGCAUUCUUCCCGGGUAUGGUGGUGAUGUCCUACACGUUCACGGGCGCAGUUCCUGUUUACAGAUGUUUUAUAGAGGGUUGUGAUGCUGACUAUAGCGUUUCGUCUGAGCCCAACAACGUCUAUACGCCUUGGCUGAACAAUACUAUUCCAUGGACAGAAGAUAAUACCCCAGAUCAAUGUAAACGUUACAAUUACACCUGGACGAAUUUAGAAGAAUGCCAGCAACCUGACGCCCCGACUGACCCAUCAAUGAUUGUGGGAUGUGACCACUGGGUUUAUGAUACAUCAUUAUUCCAAUCAACUAUCGUCACGGAGUUCGAUUUGACCUGCGAAAACGAAUGGAAAGAAACUCUGGCCGGCUCAGUUUACAUGUUCGGAAUGCUAGUGGGCGCAGCAACACUUGGAAACAUAGCCGAUAGAAUUGGCCGCAAGUUGGCGUUUUCUGUGAAUGUUGUUGUUCUUGCCACUCUAACCACUGGUUUGGCAUUUUCUCCGAACUUCGCAACAUUCUGCGUGUUGCGAUUUUUGUGCGGCGUCACGGCAAUAGGUCAUUUUCUCAUACUCUUUGUAUGGGGUGUGGAAGCUGUUGGCAAGAAAUAUCGUGUAAUGUGCGGUUUCAUAUACCAGUGCGUUUUUACCGUCGGAUGCGCAGUUCUUGGUCUGGUGGCCUAUUACAUCCGUGAUUGGAAAAAUCUGCAACUCGUCAUCAGUGUUCCAAUGUUUGCCCUCGUCUCCCUUUAUUGGGUCGUCCCUGAAUCGAUCCGUUGGCUAAUCACGAAGAAGCGGUACUCGGAAGCCCGUAUCCUCAUCCUCCAGGCGGCGAAAAUGAAUAAGAAAAGCGUUCCAGAUCACUUAAUCUUUGUUGGAAAAGCAAAAAGCGACAAUGCAGAUGGCCGGGAUCACGAAGGGGAACCCAUUUCCAGCAGCAAUUCAAAGGGAGAAAGCAUUCGAGAUGUCUUUCGUUCCAAAAUUCUCUGGAAGAGAUUCGCGAUCAUGUUCUUUGCUUGGAUAGCUGCCGUUAUGGGGUAUUACGGGAUUACAUUUUCAGCGACGAACUUAUCGGACGAUUUCUUCCUCAAUUACGAACUAGCAAUGGCUGUGGAAAUCCCAGCCUAUAUUAGCGGUAUCUUUCUCAUGGACAAACUUGGGCGAAGACCUACGCUCAGCGGAGGUUUAAUUGCCAGUGGCAUAGCUUGUUUGAUAACAGGACUUGUUCCUGAAGAUCCUCCAGCAAUCAGGAUCACAUUCUCCAUGCUUGGAAAACUGUUCAUAUCGUGCGUGAUGGCAACGGUCUAUUCAUAUACGUCAGAUCUGUUCCCUACGUCAGCUAGAAGUGCUGCAGUAGGACUCUGUUCGACAUGUGGUCGCAUUGGUGGGAUAUUAGCACCUAUUAUAGCUACCGCUGGAAGGAAAAUCGAUCCAGCACUGCCUUUCAUAGUAUUUGCCGGUGUCAACUUGAGUGUAGGACUCCUCUGUCUUCUUUUACCUGAAACUAACAAAACAACUCUACCGAACACAGUUAAGGAAGCCGAGGAAAUGGAAAAGUAUACAUUAUCGUGUAUGCGGCGGAGCAAGAAUCGGAUGGAAGAACCAAAAGGAACAAUCGAUCAUUCAAACAUUUUCCAGUGUGAUCAAACACUUAAAAAGGGAUUUUGAUCAAAUUCCGGAAGA